UCUCCAGUAGCAUUUUCAAAGCGCGAAAGUUAACAACAUUCCGGGCGCAUUUCGCUAAGACGUCGAAAUCACAAAAAUGCCAUGGGGCCUAAUGGUUUUAUUGUUCGCUUGUUAUUGCUACCAAGUUCAGUGCCAACAGAGCAAUAUUUUGGAUUUUAUGCUGAAUUUUAUGGCUCAAGGUCAAGCAGAUGAGGAUAUGGAGAUGAGUGACAAUCGUGGCGGGCCAUUGCUAAAGGAAUACGAUUUUAUUAUUGUGGGCGCUGGUACGGCUGGCUGUGUCAUGGCUGCCCGUCUAUCGGAAAAUCCCAAUUGGAAGGUUUUGCUGCUCGAAGCGGGAGGCCCAGAGCUUAGGGUUAUGGAUAUACCCAUAUUUGCGCAUUUCCUGCAAAUGAAUCAUGACAUCAAUUGGGCCUAUCGCACUCAGCCCUCGGAUAAGUUUUGCCUUGGCCUCAAGGAUAGACGUUGUAAUUUUCCCCGUGGCAAGGUUAUGGGCGGCUCUUCGGUUUUGAAUUACAUGAUGUAUACCAGAGGUAAUCGUCGUGACUAUGACACCUGGGCAGCCAUGGGCAACAAGGGCUGGAGUUUCAAGGAGGUCUUGCCAUAUUUUCAAAAAUACGAAGGUUCCAUGGUUCCUGAUGCUGAAAGUGAAUUUGUGGGACGUGAUGGUCCCGUCAAGAUAUCCUAUGCUAAACGCCGCACCGCCAUAGCAGAUGCCUUUGUUGAGGCAGGACCCCAGGAUGGCAUACCCAAUUGUGACUACAACGGCAAGAAGCAGGUUUGCUUUUCCUAUUUACAGGCCACCACAAAUCAACAAAUUCGCUGGAGUUCCAAUCGGGCCUAUCUGUAUCCUCUGAAGGGGAAAAGGCCAAAUUUACACAUACGCAAAUAUGCCUUUGUUACCAAAAUUCUCAUCAAUCCACAGACGUUGACAGCCUAUGGAGUAACUUUCGAGUCCCAAGGGCAAUCUUUUGAAGUGCGAGCCCGCUUGGAGGUAAUUUCUUCGGCAGGCGCUAUUAACACUCCACAACUGUUAAUGCUGUCUGGCGUGGGACCUGCCAAACAUUUGCGUGAGGUGGGCAUCACACCUUUGGUGGACUUGGCGGUGGGCUACAACCUGCAGGAUCAUCUGGCCCCGGCCCUUAGUUUUCAUACCAAUGCCACCAGCCUUAAACUGGAGCAAAUGUUCGAUGUCAAGGAAGUUGUCAGCUUGUCUACACACAAUAGCUUCCUAUCGCUGCCUGGUGGAGUGGAGGGCAUAGCAUUUUAUGAUCUAGACCAUCCUACAGAUGCUGAUGGCUGGCCUGACAUUGAAAUAUUUAUGGGCACUGGUGGUUUCGACACUAACCCUGCUCUUGUCCCCGCUUUUGGCAUUAGGCAGGAUAUCUUCAAUUUUCUCUACGAUGACAUAAUGCGUAAGAAUUCGAAUGCCUUUCUACUCUUUCCCAUGAUUUUGCAGCCUCGCAGCAAGGGACGCAUAAUGCUGAAAAGCAAAGAUCCUAAAAAAUAUCCUCUCAUAUAUCCCAAUUAUUUUGAUGAUCCCUAUGAUUUGGACAUAGUGGUAAGGGGACUGCAGAAAUGCAUAGAACUCACCAAGUAUCCAGCAAUGCGGAAAAUCAAUGCCCGCGUCUUGGAACGACCCAUACCACAAUGCCGCAAAUAUGGUGAUGUUCGUUCACGUGAAUAUUUGGAAUGUUAUGCUCGUCAUUUUACCUUUACCAUCUAUCAUCAGUCGGGUACAGCAAAAAUGGGUCCCAAAACAGAUCGGGAGGCUGUGUUGGAUGCCCGCCUACGAGUGUAUGGCAUCAAAAAUUUGCGUGUAGUCGAUGCCAGCAUAAUGCCAAAGAUUGUAGCAGGCCAUCCCAAUGGUCCCGUAUUUAUGAUUGCCGAAAAGGCAGCAGAUAUGAUUAAGCAGGACCAUGGCUAUAUUUAAGGAGAUUGUUGUUUUGUUAAUUUUUAUGAGAUUAAUAUUAGGUGUAGAAAAUUUAAAACAAAGAGUUGUGAUAAAUAACAAAUUUAAAAUUAAUUAAAUAAAAUGUGUUUUUUUACUCACCAAAAGAAAAAAAUAAGGAGUGACUGGUAUAUCUGGGUGUUUUGAUGGAAAAGUAAAAAAAU